UAGCUAGCGACGACACAGCUAGCACCACAGUCCACAGCCAUGGCCAUGAACACAGCGUUCCUUGGGCUGCUACAGCUGCUCCUCCUGCUCGUACCAUCUCCCCUCCGCGAUUACCUCGGCGCGCGGCCGGGUGACCAUCAUGGAGUAAACUACCCCAUAAUUUUGCAGGGUGGCUUCGGCUGCCCCGUCCUGGAGGCGCGGCUCACCGACGCCUACACUCCGUCGCAUCCGCGCUGCGGUGCGCUCAAGGGGAAAGGAUGGUUCAAGCUAUGGAACAGCACAGUGGACCUGCUCAACCACGACUACAUGCCGUGCUUCGCGGAGCAGAUGAGCCUUGUUUUUGACCCUGCCACCAACGGUUUCCAGAACCGGCAUGGCGUCGAGACUCGCGUACCAAACUUCGGCUCCGCAUACGGAUUCUCCUACAAGGACGAUACCUGCCCAUUUUGUUGCAAUGUAAGGCUCCGCACUGAACUGGAAGCACUUGGAUAUCGAGAUGGAGAUAACCUUUUCGGAGCUCCUUAUGACAUACGGCAUGCUCCACCACGGCCUGGCCAGUACUCAGAGGUGUACACUGAAUACUUUGCUCGUUUCAAGGGUCUAGUGCAGCAAGCAAGUGAGAAAAAUGGGAACAAGCAGGUUAUCAUCAUCGGGCAUAGCUUUGGUGGCAGGAUCAUACUUGACUUCGUGAAUUCGACUCCUCUUGAAUGGAGGAAAAAAUUCAUCAAGCACCUGGUUCUACUCUCGCCAACACCUCCUACAGGGUUCAUGGAUGUAAUCACAAACCUCAUUGAGGGACCAAGGGUACUUCGUUUCCCGAAUGUUCCAUACCUUGCUUUGCGGCAGAUGUGGUGGUCUUUCACAAGUUCUCUCCUAUCUCUACCAUCCUCAAUGGCGUUUGGCCACGACCCAAUCAUUAUCACCAAACAUAGAAACUACUCGACGUAUGACUAUCCAGAUUUUCUUGCAGCCCUAGGUUUUAGCCUCAAAGGAGUGUCUCCCUUGACUAAAUUGCCGUCUCCUACAGAUAUGAGAAUUGAUGCGCCAAUGGUGCCAACGACAAUACUCAAUGGUGUUGGCAUUGAAACGACGAAGCAAGUCGUAUUCUGGGACAGCAACUUUGAUGUCUCCCCAGAACUUGUGUAUGGUGAUGGAGAUGGGGUCGUCAAUCUUAAUAGUGUGUUGGCAUUCACCAAGGAACUGGAAAGGAAGCAAGCAUCGGAGAACAUACUCUUUAAAUUCGUCAAGAUUCCUAAUGUCACGCACGGUGACAUUACUAUUCAGGACCAUUCGCUCAGGAUUGUUCUCGCUGAAAUUGCAGAAGCCAAUUCUUGAAGAUUCCCGUGUUAGAUAUGAGUUGUCAUCAAAAGUAGAAGAUUUGAGUGAUUGUUGUAUGAAAAAUCUCAAUUGUUGUAGCUAUAAUGCUGCUAUUUAUCAAAUGUACUAUUUUUGAUUUAAGAGUCAUAUAAGAAUACCUUUUUUGCAUUA